GUGCGGUCGCUAUGCAGGUCUACUCGGAAAACUCCGACGGCACCAUCCUAUGGAAUGCUUCACUGGUGCUGCGCAACUACCUACAGAAGAAGCAGAGUGAGUUCUCAGGACGGAGAGUGUUGGAGCUCGGAGCAGGACUGGGUCACCUGUCCCUUGCGAUCAGCAGGAUGGGCGCGCAUGUCACAUCGACGGAAGCUCGUUGUAGAGUGGAAGAGGCUGCGACAGCGAGCGGCAGCUGCAGGUGCUGGGGGUGUGUCAAUCAACUGAGGAGGAGCGUGAAGAAGAACCUUGCGCUGGAGCAAGACGUGUCGCUGAACGAGUGGAACGAUGUUGGAUGUGAAGGGAUGGAGGGGAAAGGCUCAAUCAGGGUUGUUGAGCUCCAGUGGGGAGAGGAGGCGAAAGAUCGCUGGGGGCCUCUGAAGCAGGAAUCCGAAACAGAGGAUGGGAAAUUCGACUACAUCAUAAUGUCUGAAGUGAUUUACAAUCAGUCAUCUGACUCCUUGUAUGACGAUGAUUUCCAUGACAAUCUGAUAUGGACGAUCUUGCAGUUUGUAAAACCCGGGACGAUCAUUUACAACGUGUUUGUUGACCGACCUUUCUCGUUCAUGUUCUUUGCCAAGAUCGAUGAACUUCCUGGGAAGCCGUUCAAGGUGGAGGUUGUCGAUGAGAAGGAGUACGAGUGCCUGGUAUGGACUUGUUACUUCCUGUGUCCUGUCUUCUGACCGCCGUACAAGCUGAAAGAUGACGAUGAUGCCAAGCUGUACAUGCACAAGUUAUGUUAUUCCGGCUGAACGGUUGAGACCGCUG